AUGGAAACCAAAUCAUUCAAGGUCGAAGUCAUUGCACAUGCAACACCUCAAGGUCUGUCCUUAGGUUUUUUGAACUCGGUGUCGAUACGUCAAAGUUGGGAGAUCGAAGAACUUCUCGUGGACGAGAAUGACGACGGGAAUAUCACCAGUCUCGGCUCUUACCCCGAUCCUUCUUUCCCCGACAAACCAUCCGUCCUCAGACUCAGAGUCCAAGACUUUGCACCGACCACCGUUCAUCAACUUAUCCAUAACCGAUUCAACGACCCUCUCUUGUCUCGACUCAUAACCGAUCAAAUCGUUGUUGAAUCCAGACGGAGAGACCUACCACAAGGACCCUUGUUGAUGACGGUGUUCGUCAAAUUUACCAAGAAGGACUAUGUAGUCAUGCCUUGUAAUUCUGCUCCCCUGACAAUGACAGUAGAAGAACCGUGUGCCAUCUGUCUAGAGGAUAUGUCGGAGUCGGGACAGGCCUUCUGCCAACCGCCGGGGUGUGUGCAUGUGUUUCAUGAAGAUUGUUUCGUCAAGUGGUUGGGUCGACAUGACUCAUGCCCUCUCUGUCGCCUAUCCACAAACCCGUUAACCAACAAACCGAGUAGAAUUUUGGAAGAGUUAACAGAGGCUUGCAAUUAG